UUAUCAUUUAUUAAAAUAAAUUUAGUGAAUUGUUAUUUUUGGGCGUGGAACUGCUUAAAAAUAUUUUGAAAUUCAAUAGAAAAAAGGUGAAAAAUAUAAGACUAGUUAGAAUUAAACUAAAAUAUAAUGGGAGCGAGCAAUCGUAACACACGAAUAGCUGUUGGAAUCUCAGCCGUUGCUUUUUUGCUGUUUAUAAUAGCAUUUGCGACACCUUAUUGGUUGGUUACAGACGGACGUCUACAAAAUCCCAGAUUUACGAACUUGGGCUUAUGGGAAGUGUGCUUUAAUGGAUUUCAAGAUAUACAUAGAUUUUAUGAUACACUCUUCAGUGGUUGUAUGUGGGUAUUUGAAGAAGAAUACUAUAUUAUACAUGAUUUCCUUUUGCCUGGAUUCUAUAUAGCCGUACAAGUGUUUGCCACUCUUUGUUUUGUUAUGUGUUUAAUUGCCCUGCCACUGACUUUAUCAUUUCUACGUACCUCCCGUGAUGACGAUCGUUACGUAUUCUUGCUGUUGACCAUUGGGUCUUGUCAAGUGUUGGCCUCUCUGUUUGGUUUUAUAGCAGUUGUGACUUUCGGAGCAAGGGGAGAUUCCCGUGAUUGGAUGCCACAUUGGCAAAAUAAUGAUAUGGGUUGGUCAUUUGCAUUGGCUGUUGUGGGUGCGAUAUUGCUGUUGCCUGGUGGAGUUUUAUACAUGAUUGAAGCUAGGCGUGAACGCUAUAAACGUCUUAAUGAGAUUAGUAAUCGUGAGGUCAUUAGUGAAUAUGGUGGAGAUGCUGACUAUUAUCAGCAUGCUGCUCAGCAAGAACUCCAACGUCAACAGCAACCACAACAACAGCAGCCACCACAACAGCAACCACAGCCUUCACAAUCUUAUUAUGCACCUGAAACUAGCAGACCAAGACGUCCUCAACCAGGGCAUCGUACUCCCACUGCUCCACCAUCGGUGGCAAUUGUAGGCGGUGGAAUACAAACAGAUAUAUAAGAGUGUCCAAAAAGUAUCAUUUAAAUAUCCAUACGUAAGUAAAACGUAUUAUCUUCGAAACAUAUCCGUCCAAUACAAAUUUGUGUAGUCUUUUUAUUUUGUCCAUUAUUUGUAAUAGUUUUUAAGUAUAUGUAUUAAUCUCGAUAUUAAUAUUCGAAUAUUUUUGGGGCCUUAAAUGUAACAAACUGUAUUUUAUGUAUCGUUCUGUAUAAAAGAAAUUAAUUGCAUUUAUAUGUAAUACCUUUAAAAAAAGAUAUCUUUAUUUUACUAAUACAUUACCAAUUUUUAAUAGCAUGAUAUAUUUUUACAAAUACAUAAUCACAUUCCAAUUUUCACUAGUUGAUUAAGUUUAAAAUUUUAAUAUAUUUUCGAAUCAAUAAAGUAUUUUAUACAACUUUUUACGAAAAA